AUGGAGCAGCAAGCACGAGAACUAGCCGACAUCCUAGUGAAUCGCAUAAAUUCGACCUCAGCGACUUCCCGUGUUCUGGUUGGUCUUGCCGGAGUACCCGCGUCGGGGAAAUCUACCUUGGCGAAACUUGUUAUAGACCAAGUGAACGCUACUUUUCGAAACACUCCUGGACUCUCAGCCGAAGGAGAACCAAUACCAGCUGAUUCAGACGCAGAUGAAAACAUCGCCGUCCUGAUAGGUCUGGAUGGCUGGCAUCUCACACGAGCUCAGCUAGAUGCUAUGCCCGAUCCUCAACGUGCACAUGAUCGGCGAGGAGCGCAUUGGACGUUCGACGGGGAGGGAUUUGCCAAGUACGUGCAAGCCUUACGCGAGCCUCAUCUACCGUCAUCUGCACCUAGUGCGCAUCUUAAAUCAUCAGCAAUUUACGCACCUUCCUUCGACCACGCCCUCAAAGAUCCUUCAUUCAACGCAAUACCCGUAUACCCCCAUCAUCGUUUAGUCUUGAUCGAAGGUCUCUACCCGUUCCUCAACUUUUAUCCAUGGAAAACAGCAGCCGAAUUGCUAGAUGAGCGCUGGUGGCUAGAAGUAGGUGAUGCAGAGGCGGAAAGACGCCUUGUAGCGCGACAUGUGCACACCGGUGUUGCCAAAGAUCUUGCUGAAGCAAACUGGAGAUCACGAGAGAACGAUGUACCAAAUGGCCGUUUCAUAAAGGAGCACAUGCUAGAGCCGACGAGGGUCAUUCAGAGCGUAGAUGAUCCCAAGCUGACAGUACUAUAA